AUGGCAGAGAUUAAUGAGGAAGAGACCGGGUCUGACUCAGAUAUAGGUACACGUACAGGUACCCCAAACAUGAAACAAUUUCUAGCUGUCACCGAGAGCAACAAGACCCUUUAUCGACUCAAGGGCAAAGAAAGUGAGAAGGUGCAGAAGAUACUCAGGAAGGUUAAAUUAGCCCUUCAACAGAGUGAGGAAAAGCGUAAGAAGGGGAAAAAGUCAAGAAUACUAAUCUGUUACCACAGGCAGAAUAAAAAAAAGAAUGAAAAUCAGCCAAAGAGGGAUCAAGAAAGCAUGUCUCCCACCCCAGGCAAUGCCCCAAGCCCACCAGGGGCCACGGACUUGAAGUAGCUGUUACCUCUCCAGAAAAAGGUUGGAGAGAUGGCUGCUCAUGCAGAGAUCAAAACGUAUGUGAAUGAUCAUCUGUGUGGAGACCAAAUAAAGGACAUGGGUGUUGAUGUAUUAAACACUGACAAAUUGCAAAAAGGAGA